GAUUGUUUCACAUUAGCUCUUUAACAGACGAAGCAGCAAUGUUACCUGUCAAGUUUUUUUUGGUCCUGUCACUGCAGAUCCUAGCUGUGUUCGGUCUAGGCAAUAAUGUCCUCAUCAAUUUGCCAGAACUGGACGAAAAUCAAUUGAAAUGGCCCCAGCAAAAGAUCCAGACAAUCGAAUACCUUCUGGACACUCUCAUGGAAGUUGGUAACGUCACUCUAAUAGGCUGGCAGAAAAUUUGGAACAGUGAUGGUACGCUUAAGGAGAUAAGGACCAUAGAAUUGACGCUUUUGAACCACACACUUCAGACAAAUUCUGGGGACAUCUUGAAAUUGUCGGACGAAGACAUGAUUGACGAACUACCCGUAGUGUUGGAUGUAAUGGACACCAUAUCCUCAGCUACAGGUAUUUUGGUCAGUGGUUCCAUACAACAACUGGAUAGGCACGAAAAUGUUCAACUUUCUUUGAAAAUGGAUCCAAAUAGCAUCAUGAUAAAUUUGCUUGGAUCCGAUCUGAUGUACUGGCAGCAAAACAUAACUGUAACCAGUCAAACUCCAAUCCAAAACCUCAUCAAGACUUUGCAGCAGCAGUCGCGCCUCCCAGUGGGAGUUCUACACUGGAAUGUCGAUGGAACCCUCAACAUUCAGUCUUCCGUGAUAGUACCCGAACUUCUGGCUACCAUAGAAUCGGUGAUACCAGAAAACGCAAGUUUGCCGCUGCUUGAAUCAGCUCUAAAGGGUGUUGCGAAAGGGGUUCUUCUCCAGCCAGAUGAAGUCCCCACGUACGUCGCCCACCACAUGAAGCAAAAUAUCCCUGGAUACACUUGGGUAGUCGCGACAGACCUAGAUACUCCAUUGGUAACACCAGGUGUCUAUCUGAACGUUGUUUAUGAAUGGGUGGAUAUUGGAAAGAUCCCUAUUAGCGUUGAUAUUAUGGGCAUUCCCAUACAUGCUUUGUAGACAUAUUUAACACACUCUGUAUAUCUUUGUUGAAAUGAAAUAUCUUUAGAGCA